CUCACCACUUGACCAGGCAUCGCCCGAGCCGACGAAACAAAUCAUGGCCGCCCAACACGGCGCUCUCCACCUUAUGGAGACUCUUAAUUGGGACGACACAGCUGCUGUUGAGUCUUUGUGCCCUUCAUAUUGGGGCGCCCUCAAGGAUCGCGCGAUCCGGGCAAGACGGUCCCUUUAUCAGGGUUGCUGCUCUUCCAAACCGCCCUUUUCGACAUGCACCCUCCUGCCAAAGUACAACCGUGGAGGAGUCAAUCUCGUCCGACUUGUCGAGUUCGAUGAUGGCGAACGCUGGGUGGCGCGUAUCAAGCUGCACGGCGGCACGGAUCAAUCGAACCACAAUCAACAGCUUGUAAAUGAAGUUGACACGCUUAUGUACAUCCGCGAAAACACUACCAUUCCCGUUCCCCAGAUCUUUGCAUUCGAUCCCAAGGCCUCCAUCGGCUUUCCGUUUGUAUUUAUGGAGUUUAUUCUAGGAAACACGGCGAUGGAUGCUUUUGGGGGCUUUGAUGUACAUGGUGGCGAGAUCCCAGAAGGGUACAAGCCCGGGUUCAUGCGACAAGUAGCUACAGUACAGACGGAGAUCGCAUCUGUCCGACUCCCCAAGAUUGGGAGAUUGGUCCGACAGGACGACGGUUCAUACGAUGUUGGGCCUUUCCCUGACCUAGGAGGACCUUUUUCCACUGCGGCCGAAUACUUCAAAGCCAGGGCGGAACACGCCAAAUUUCCGAGGUCGGAGAUGGAGCUACGCAGUAUACUUCCCAGAGACAUCGCAGAAGAAAUCACCACAUCCAUCCGAAACUUCCCUUCUCGUUUGGCAGCUAUCGCAAACCACACUUCCCUCAUCGGCAGCCCUUUCCCAUUAUAUCACACCGAUUUCCACAGCAGCAACAUCGUCGUCGAUCCCGAGUGCAACGUUCUCAGCGUCAUCGACUGGGAAAACGCAUCGACUGUGCCAUGGGAGGUGGUGCAGUUUCCGCUCUUUCUCAGUACUGUACCGCCGCCGAUGGAUGCGCCACAGAACUACGACGAUAAGGGACAGCCGAAAGAUUCUUAUACGGUACAACUAUGGGACGACCGGAACGAAUAUGUGCGUCUCGUGAGGGAGGCCGAGGUACAGAAAGGGCCGGACCGACGCCUGUCAACGACGCUGGCGAAUCGAACCAUCCAAAACCUGGCGGGAGCAGUGAAGCUGUUCCUUGACCCCGGCAAGAUUGGAUUCUACAAUAGAGUGCUCGACCAGCUCUCUGCGGGAGACGAGGGUAGCAUAGCAAAGUAGCCUGACAGACUACCACCCAACCCACACGAACCGCCAUUGCGUUCCAGCGAGAGUGGCUGUUAUCGUUUGGAUACCUAUCAGCCAGGACCAGGCCCUCCAUAUACCUGCCUACACGAUUAAGUUACCAUUUUGGCACGUCCGCCUCAACUCCAAAAGUGGAAGCGCUAGCUCCCGCCCAUGAUGUUCGCCUUUCGUGUUUUAGACAUGACGUCGGCCCGCUCACAGAAGCAGCGAACGAGGAGGGAGGGUACGGAGGGCUGCUGGGGCCCACCACACUGGGGGCCGAGCGCGGCAUCACCCAUGGCUUUGUUGUGUCGUGAUACACCAAACCCUGGCACUCGAGACUGACGGCAGGCUUGGAAGUUCAUGCGCGCCCACCACCACCACCACCAGCCCGAGGUGAAGGCUAGCCGUUUUUUCGCCGCUUGGUUUGACAUCCCGUGUUUUUCCUACACCCGAUCGAAGUCGGUGCGAAUGGGAGGAGGGAUAGGAAUAACUCUGCAAAUAUCCCGGUGAGGAGGCAUGUCUUAACACAAUUGGUCGCUUUGCGAUAUUUUUUGUCUUAUUGGUUUUUUCGUCAUGUUUUUUUGAGCUUUGAAAUGGGAGUGUUUUAUUUAUGGAAAAAUGGAAAACACAGAAACGUCAAUUUGCGAGGAGACUUUCCCUUGUCUCGACUCGGCUCAUCCGCUUGUAAAUGGUAUCAUGCUUUCGCCCAAACCCCUCUGCGUCGCGCAUAAAAAGAUGAAAAAGG